AUGAAGUUUGGCUUAAAGUUUCAUCAGCAUCUGGUGGCCAAAUGGGCUGAUGACUAUGUUGAUUACAAUGGCCUCCGCCAGAUGAUACGGCUCGCAUCACAGCGGGAACAGGGGCUACCAGAGGUCUUGGUGCAUCUAGAAUCCAGCAUGAGCAGCUUCAAGAUUUCCUACUGCCGCAAACUCAAAUCCAUCUCCCGACGAGAGGCCGACGUUUGUGCCAUAUUUGGCCUGUCUUCACUGCCUGACGCUAUCCCCAACAUCGACACUGCGGAACAGCCUGAACUUGCCUUGUUACUCUUUGUUUACCAGGGGUUACUGCGCGAAGUACAAGAAGUCGAAUGGUUCGGCAGAGUAAACGAGACAGCCAUGACAAAACUCCUUGGCAAAAUCGGCAGUGGUUUCCAACAGGCGAACGAUUACCAUCGUCUUCAGUUACAAUGGUCUACCCUGCAACGGAACCUCGAGAAUACUCUAGUAGGUACCAAGAAGAGAAUUUCCGAUAUCGUGGUCGAUCUUCGCCGAGUAAGCUCCAUGACCCGACAAGCUACACGACCAAUAUGCAUGAGAGCAUUUCUUCGGGCUGAAUCUUCCCCAGGAGAGUUGUAUGAUUGGAUCAAGAGCGACGAAGUUGUUGCAAUUCGCAGAUAUUAUUUCUCAAGUAAUGUUCCAUUGACCAAGCGUCAAUCUGAGUUGAAAGAGCAAAUGUACAGCUUAUUCAUUGCUGCCAUUAUAAUGGAAGCAAAGGAGAUUGCAAAAUUCCUUGUUGAGUUUGCGGUCGCUGAAAAAGAUUGGUCUAUGCUUACAGAUCAGAUAUUCUUUUUCUUGAGCACUUGCGGUUUUAUGAAACAGAUUGGCUCAUCAAUUAUGCUUUCGCUCGAAGAAUGGCUCGUCGAAUUGUUCGACAGGCCUAAUCCUUUUACUACAAGCUUGCUACGCCACAAAGACAACCAUGGGUGCUUUGCAAUACAUUACGCCGCAAAAUACGGACUCAAAAGCUUUGUUAAAGCUUUGGUACGCUGCGCACCUAUUUCAGAUGCUGAUGCUGGUAAUAUCUUAUCCCGGAGAGACGACGAUGGCAUGACGCCACUGCACUAUGCCGUCCUAUCGAGCGAACCGUCAAUCCUGUCCUUUCUAUUGAAAGCGCUUGUCGACUUCAACGAAAAACAGCAAUCAAAACUUAACCUUCCGACUUUCUUUGGGGACCUCCUUCUUCUAUCUGUACGAAGCGGCCAAGAUGAUGUCGCAAAGAUCUUGCUAAACCAUCAAACUAGCAUCAACUACACAGCGCCUCAUGGUGAAACUGCUCUAUACUGCGCAGCCCAAGCGAACAAUUUGGAUCUAAUUAAGCUGUUGCUCACAUAUACUCAACGUGGGCUUGUUGUAGACUUUCCAUCAGAUAUUACAAGGUGGACUCCGCUCAUGGUUGCAUGUGCAAAUGGCCAUAGCGAAGUUUCGUCAUCAACCUCGGAAGCACUCAAGGAGGACAUGAUCGCGCCGCAUUUGAGCUCUCUCAUUACAAUAUUGAGGGGGGCAGCAGCCCUAGCGCGACAAUCAUCUCUUGUACUCGAGAUCUCUGCUCCAGGAACAGAGGCCGAGCCAAAGUUGGUGCGGUUGCCAGUACUCGAAGAUCAAAUCAACCAGCCCUUUAUCUUCUGUGCCAAAAAUGAAGCUCCUCUUCAAAUAUCUAUCCGACUAUUUCGCCGCGAAACAAUAGACUCAAUGGUACUCUUGAGCCGUGGAAAUACAACGCUAGAUCAUGGGAAAGUCUUCUUUGGAGAGAAACGUGAAAGCAUGAUUCGCGAGGUCAGCGUUUUUAUGAUGGAUAAAGAGACCAUGGACUUGACGGGGACUGUGUUGCUGAGCUAUGUUGUUGCUACGCCGUUUGCAGGCCUUCAACAACCGGACACAUCAAACUACCAAAGACGACAAGGAGAUCCGGUGCAAAUUGUUGGGCAUAGAGACUUGCAAAUAACUCGCGAUCUCGAGGCCGUAAUAUUCCACGACUUCUCGUUGAGCGAGUCCGGAACCGACGUUGCCAUCCACGACGUUACCCUUUCUCAGUAUAAGCAUGCAAGCGAUUUACAAGAACCACAAAGCAUAACUCCAGUGACUAUAGAUAGAGGAAGUGAUUUGCUUCAUGGUCGACCGCAAAGGCGACGCGCCUGGUCAACUGGUGAAGAGUCUCGCCUGAGAACUGAGCAACUGCGUGAUAGACUGCGAUACACUGUGGACUUUCAGAACAAGGGCUUCAAGCCCAAUACUAGAGGGGACUUUAUACAGGGCUCAUUGACUACGUUGGACGAGCUGCUUGUGGAUUUGCCCGAGGAUAUUGGUUUCAACAUCGAAAUGAAGUAUCCGAGACUCCAUGAAGCGGUAGAUGCUGGAGUAGCCCCAGUUACCAUCGACAUCAACACAUUUGUCGACGUUGCUCUCGAGAAAAUUCAGCGACUAGCCGGUAAUCGGCCAAUAAUACUCUCGUCGUUCACGCCCGAAGUCUGCAUCCUGCUCUCGGUGAAGCAAAAGGCGUAUCCGGUCAUGUUCAUCACCAAUGCCGGCAAAGUGCCUAUGGCAGACAAAGAGCUCAGGGUAUCAAGUCUGCAAGUGGGCGUGCAGUUUGCCCGACUCUGGAAUCUGGCUGGGCUCGUCUUUGCGUGUGAGGCGCUGCUGUAUUGCCCCAGGCUUGUGCAGUUUGUGAAGAAUGCAGGGCUGGUGUGCGCGUCUUAUGGGCUGCUGAAUAACGAGCCUAUUCAUGCACGAAAACAAGCGGAUGCUGGCGUGGAUAUUCUCAUGGUCGACAGGGUCAAGUUGGUUGCCGACGAACUUGCCAAUGAUGCUGCAAUAUCCAGUACACUCAACUAG